AUGGCGUCCACAAAAACAAAUCUACCUGCAUGGUUACUGCUCUCUAAAGACGAUAUCACAAGAUCUAUUGAGUGGAAGGAUUUAACAUCAGAGCUUUUCGAUGCAGUGCAACACCAGCUUACAGAAAACCACGUGUCUUACUUUUCCGAUCUCACAGAUUCAGAGAAAGUCAUGUUUCUUGAUCGUGCUGGUAAGCUUGUUCGUGACAGCUCUUCGUAUCAAAAGCUGAUGGCAACAGUUUCGGAAACUCUUGAUCGAAAUCUAAAUGAAGAAGUUACCCAAACGAUUAUCGAUGCAUCGAAUACACGUACAAAAGCAGAACUUCUUCUUCAAGAAUCCUCGAAAGCGUCCAUUAGUUUGUUGCAAAGGUGGCCGGAUCUUAAAACCAAAUUGUUUGCUUGUUUGAAUCGUCCUUUACCGACAGAGUUGCGAAGGGCAGUAUGGAAUUGGUUUCUAGCGAAUCCGAUCGUUCGAAAAGAAUAUUUAGAAAAGGUUUCGAGAAACAAACAAGACACUGUUUCACGACACGAUGCAGCCAUUGGACAAAAGUGCAAAGCUUUCUUGUCCUCAGAAUCAAGUCAUUUUAGGCUUGAAUCUUAUCCAGCUUUGUUGAAUAUCAUGAAAACUUCAAUAUCCUACCGGGACGUGAAAGUUAGUAGCACAUCAACGAUAGUUGACACAGACUUCUUGUUGGCCAUACCUUUUGUGAAAGUAAUGGUUGCAGACACUCAUGUUCAACUGAUAAAUGCUGAGGAAAUUGCAAGCUUUGUUGAAGUUUACUUUACCUUCUUGGAUUCAAGACCAUCUUUAAUGAAGGACUCCAAAUCUAAGGAAUUCCUGUUAGCACAAAAACAGUUUGGUAGUAAAAUGGCUGACUACUUGAAUUCCAAAGAUCAGCAGCUUGCAUUAACUCUGCAGAGAAUAUUUUCACAUGACCAGACAACUCAGUUGGCAGAAAGUCUGGCAGCAAUCAUGAGGUCAUAUGCAAGGUGCAUGUUUGUUGGGUUUCUUUCCCUUGAUGUGGUUUGCUACAUUUGGGACCAGUUCAUUCUGAGUAUGAAACUUCCUUCCUUCAACUGUAUUGCGACAUUCUCUGCUGUCAUGCUGCUGUUGUUGAGAGAUGAAAUCUUAGUGUGCAGAAAUACCAAAGAGAUUGAGGAAGUUUUGCUUGCUGGGAGCAAAAAACUCACCAUAAGAGACUUUCAAAGAGUGAUUGAUCAUCAUUUCAUGGCUGAUUGGCAGAGGUUGGUUACAGAAGAGGUUCAUGGUUCUGAUUUACCACUUGUGGAUCCAGUAGCAACAGUUGGUAGGUCUGCGCACCCCUGGUCUGGGUGGUUCCGGGGGCAGCCUCCCACUCGUCAGCGAGUCGAAGACCGGCGGCAGACUCGCGAGGAAAGAGAACAGGAACGACGGAGACAACUCAUGGAACAUCGACGAGAAGAAGCCAGGAAGAAGCAAGAACAAGAGGAGGAGAUGCGACGUCGUGAACAGGAGAUGAGGCAAGAGUUUCAAGCACAGAAAAAACGUGAAAAGGAAGGAAUCGUAGCGCUCGAGAAAGAGCUCAAACGUGAAAGACAAGAGCGAUCAUCUGUGGAAAAGAAGAAGGAUGAAGAGAUUGCACGGUUGCAAGUCGAACUUGCGAGACUAAAACGAGUUACUCCAGUCACCAGCCCUGCUAUACGCUCCUCUGGUGCACCUUCAGUGAAGGAGCCAACUCCAGUAAACCCCAGUCCUCGUCUUUCGAGAGCAUCGCGUCAACAGGUCGAGGACAUGGUUCGGUCGUUACUAGGAGCGACGCUUCACAGCCUAGAUUUAGUGGCCCACGGUUCAGAGGAACAGCGGAAAAAUCUUGAUAUAAUCACGAAAGACGCUUUGCAGACAAACAGUGACCAGUACAAAGAAGCAGAAAGAGAGUUGUUCGGCAGGGAACUUAACACCGACGAUUGGGACAGAAUGGACGAGGAAGAACGCUCGGAGAACACUAGGAAGCUUAUGACAAGGUUGAAAGAGAUGAGAGACGAAAGCCGGCUUAACGCGACAUGAACACAGGAGCUAGUAACUAAACAACCUUCAGUGCGUGUGUGCACUUCAUAUGCAACAUUUUAAAGAGUCUAUACCACGGCUUGCUUAAGUGCUCGGCUUACUACUUUGCUCAAUUAAAUGGAUACUCCGAAGAAUAUCAUAAUACCUCAGUCGUAAGUGAGCAGGUCUGAGAAGUACCUGAUACAAGGCUUUGUCUGUUAUGCGCAAGUUCAUUAUUACUGCUGGAGGGGUCGUUUCGUUGAUUCGAUUCAAGGUGAACUCUGAACGUUUUAUUAUGUGGUCAAGAUUUCAUCACAGAGGAUAAAUACGAAUUAGUCCUCUGAACUUUAAAGUCGCCGGAACUGAAAACUUAGCUAAUUGACCCUUGCAGGGCUUUUAUUUCAAUAUACAAAAUGCAAAUUGUCAAGAAAUUGAAGCAAAGCACGUGCUAAGAACAGUAGACAUUGGAAUCAAGCGUAGAUCAAGUACCAGCAAAAAAAAAUCCUAUGUUUAAAAAUGGUAGGGUCCAUUAGGUCACUAAAUAGUUAUACAUUUUUUUUUUGCGAAAUGCCGGAAGUAGUAACACUUUGAGGUUAUUUCCGUCACUUACGUGUAACGUGAGGUGUUGUCUUUGUUAUGAAGGCGGCGUACAUUCUCGAGUUUGGAGUUCGCGCAGAUGGUGGAGUCGAAAUUCUAGUUUAGAGAAUUAUACUUGAUUUGACUGGAUGAAAGUUGAAAUAACUGACGCUAAUUUCAUAUUUCUCUGAUUUACUUAGAAGAACCAGGUUACUUCCAGCUUUUACUUGAGAAAUUUACUACGGUUUUUUACUAAAGCGACUUACCGGGUUUUUUCGUGAAUACUUUCUUGUGAUGUUCGCUUCUCCUUGCGCAUACGAGGGCACGUUACUGUUUACAAAUGCGCAGACGCAGAACUUAGGUAUCCAAUUGGUUAUUAAAAAAAACAAACAUGAUCACAAGAUGUGAAUCUCUACUGCACAUAAUUACACCGCUUGAUUUGGACGAGAACUUAAGACAAUAGCGAAACAAAUUGUCAUUUCCAAAUAAACGAGUAUGGUGGUCUCUGUUCUUUUCUUCUUUGAAUUGAGGAAACAAAAAAGGCAAGUUAUUGUUUGAAAAAAGAUGCAAUAUGCCGUAUAUUUCAAUUGUCUUUGUUUAUGUACAAGCAUCACCUUUUAGCCUUUUACAUUCGUUAAAGAAAAUGUCAUUAUAACUGCAAAUUCUUUUCGUGAGAUUCGGCUUUAAUUCAAUGUAUUAAACUUCAGGUGUGUUUCUAUGGGCAACUUUCAUCGCUUGAAGAAGACCUGCUUUGCCUUGUGGGAUAUGGCAUUGUCCUGUGCAUGCGUAAUGAUUGAUAUGUGCGCUGGCCAUAUCCAGGGCUCGUCGGAGAAGUCGGCGACAUCGGGUUAGGGCCCACGUGGCCCAUCAUUUGAGGCAUCAUAGGUAGAUAUCCUCCGGGAGGCGAAGAGUUCGGGAGAUUUCUGGGUAUGUGCGUCAGCGGAGUUCCUCUAUUUUCAUACGGACCUAAGACAAACGAAGUGUGGAUUACCAUAGUUUAAUCUCUGAUAAGACUACGGCACAGACUCAACCCUGGACAGCUAAUUUAAGCCAACAAAUUUAAACGUUAUCUCACCUGGAUAGGUGAAGGCUGGAUUUACAGCGCUGACAGGAGGCACUGGCCGGGGAGCCUGAGGCCGAGGUACUUGAGGUUCAUUUCUUUGAGAUACCAUGUCCCCAUGUAACCUGGCACGAGCGGUCGCAGAGAUUUCUCCCUGGUCAAGUUGUUUCAUGACUUCCAUAACACUGCAUUUUAGUAUGAAAAAAGAUUAUAUUGGAAUAAUUUUCUCUAAGUGAUUAUCUGCAGCUCAAUUCGUGAAUUUAC